GUUUUUCUCCGGUUCCUCCAGCAGAGGGCCAGCAGCGUUUACAGGCAUAUCUCAGCAUGACGAGCAUGCUCUGACCAGCUGUGAUGCAGGGAGGAAAGGGGGGAGGAUGAAGGGGGCUCAUCUUCCUGUGGGCUACAUCAGCUGGUGUGGGCGGUGCAGACCCUUGAAGACACAUGCAGCUUGCGGAUGCUGACCGAAGGAUGCGAUAGGUCAUUUGCACCUCUUGGGGAGCGGUGUCAUAUUUUAUAUUUUUUGCAAGAAACGACCCACGGAUGCGGUGGUGAGAGAAAAACUGCAUGAGAACAACAGGCCUUCUUUGUUUGCAAAAGCUCACUGAAUACAAGAGAAAACACAGACAACAACAAUCUGUUUAUUCCUCCGGAAUAAUUUGCAUGUUUAGCCUUUUAAUGUGUUGAGAUUUUGCCUGAGGACACUUUGCAAACAGAUUCAUUCUUGCAUCGGGCGUCGCUUGGGAUAAAAGACACAAAAGCAGCAGCUGUAAAGGCAGGACUAUGCUUAAACAUACACGGAGCUGGUCUGGAUCUGCUUAUGAGUUUUUAUGGGAUUACUGUCAGUGAUGAUAUCGAGAGAAAGAUGAUGCAAUUUGGUGAAAUCUGUCUCUUUUGAUUUACUAAACAGGCCUCGCUUGACGCAUCUCAAGGAGUAGUUUACAAGACGGACACACACUUAAAAGGGGUUUGAGGCCUUUGUAAACAUCUCAGCAUUGAAGGAUCCACUGACACUGAUAACACUUGUUUGCGCUGGUGGAUGCUCUUCUCUCUGACGCUCUUCCUGUGGAGGCUCUUCCGACAUUUCUCCAUCAUGUUCAGCUCAGACAGACUCACGGUGCCAGAUUAUGUUAGCCGGCUCCAGAGAGGGAAGAGCGGCUCCGCUUCCGACCCGAAAGCGGUCUCUCCGGGGAUCAACGCCGACGUCCAGGCGGUUUUGGAUACCGCACUCCCCGCCCUCCGCUGCGCCAUCAGGAGGCUGAAGACAGGCAAGGAAACCUCUGAUUCAGAUGAGACCCGCAGAGCCAUAGCGGAGAUUUUCCAGCUGGUGGAGGAGGCCUGGGUUUUACCCACUGUAGGGCGUCAGGUGGCCGAAGAGAUCUGCAACAGGAUCCGGCUGGAUGGAGGCCUGGAGCUGCUGCUACAGCUCCAGCAGACACCUGCUGUAGAUAUCACCUAUGAGUCUGCAAAACUGCUGGAGCAGAUACUGGUCUCAGAGAACAGGGAUUAUGUAGCACGUCUGGGGUUGGGGGUCGUCCUCAACCUGACCCGACAGCAGGAAGACGCUCAGCUGGCUCGCAGUGUUUCAGGGAUCCUGGAGCACAUGUUCAAACACACUGAGGAGACGUCCGUCCACCUCAUUACUAACGGUGCCCUGGACGCCCUCCUCUUCUGGUGUCGGGGCACAGACCCCACUGUGCUGCGCCACUGUGCUGUGGCCCUCGCUAACUGUGCCAUGUACGGAGGUCACCGCUGCCAGCGAUGGAUGAUCGAGAAACAGGCAGCUGAAUGGCUUUUUCCGCUGGCUUUCUCCAAAGAGGAUGAACUCAUUCGCUUCCAUGCAUGCCUGGCUGUGACUGUGUUAGCUGCAAACAAAGAGAUCGAGAAAGAGGUGGUAAAAUCUGGAACCUUGGAGCUGGUGGAGCCGUUCAUUGCAUCUUUGGACCCAGACGACUUUGCCCGCAGUUUGUUGGACAGUGCAGACUGCAUGCAGGGGAAGACGGCAUCUGAUCUGCAGCAUCUCUUGCCUUUGCUGGAUGGCACAAGACUGGAGGGGAAAUGCAUUGCAGCCUUUUACCUUUGUGUUGAGACCAGCAUCAAGUCCCGUCAGCGUAACACCAAGAUUUUUCAGGAGAUUGGAGCAGUGCAGAGCCUAAAAAGAAUUGUCAUGUACUCCAGUAAUGGCACAGCCUGCUCCCUCGCCAAGCGGGCACUGAGAAUAAUGGGAGAGGAAGUGCCGAGACGCAUCCUGUCAUGUGUGCCCAACUGGAAAACCUGUGAAGUGCAGACCUGGCUGCAGCAGGUUGGCUUCAGUGCCUAUUGUGAUCGUUUCCAGGAGCUGCAGGUGGAUGGAGACCUCCUGCUGAACAUCACAGAUGAAGAUCUGAAGACUGACCUGGGCAUGCAUGCUGGUCUCACCCGCAAGAGGUUCCUGAGAGACCUACGUGUGUUGAAGACUUACGCUAACUACUCCACAUGUGACCCAAACAAUAUGGCUGACUGGUUAGUCGAGGUGGACCCUCGUUUCCGCCAGUACACCUAUGGCCUGGUCCAGUCAGGAGUGGAUCGCAACAACGUCCAGCACCUGACCGAUCAGCAGCUCGGGCAGGAUUGCCUCAUAGGCAACGGAGUCCACAGGGCCAAGAUCCUGGAUGCUAGUCGUAAGCCCCUAAGACCCUGCCACACGGAUGCACGGCCUGCAGGGCCGGACGUGUUCAUCAGCUACCGUCGGACUACCGGCUCGCAGCUGGCCAGUCUUCUGAAGGUGCACCUACAGGUUCGGGGAUUCAGUGUCUUCAUCGAUGUGGAGAAGCUGGAAGCGGGCAAAUUCGAGGACAAACUGAUUCAGAGCGUCCAGCGGGCACGCAACUUCAUCCUGGUCCUGUCUGCGAAUGCGCUCGACAAGUGCAUGGGUGACACUGCAAUGAAAGACUGGGUGCACAAGGAGAUCGUCACAGCCUUGGCUGGUAAGAAGAACAUAGUUCCUGUCACAGAUAAUUUCACAUGGCCUGACCCCAUGUCUCUGCCGGAGGACAUGAGAUCAAUUCUCAAUUUCAACGGUAUCAAAUGGUCCCAUGAAUAUCAGGAGGCCACGAUCGAGAAGAUCUUACGCUUUCUGAAAGGAAACCAAGACCUAAUCGACGGCCCGGACGGCUCCAAAGGGCAGAAAGUUGAAAUAGAAAGGAAACCUUUCCUCGCAGAUGCAUCGAGCUGUUCAUGAUUUAAGUAUCCACAGUGGACAUAAUCUGAGCUGGAGGCUUAUAUAUUGUACAAGAAUUAAUGAACUAUAUAACCCCCAAAUACAAGUACAGAUUAAGGAAGUGUACAGAGAAAUACCUACGUAGUAAUUUACUGCUGACUUGAAAACGAGGAUGAUGAUUUCACAGAAUGUCUUGUGGACAGCCGUUACAACAUAGUGUAAUACAUUAAACUACCGUUUAAUUUUC